AAUAUAAUUAAAAAAAAAACUCCAUCCCCAAAUUGAAGAGGGAAAAAAAAAAACACCUUUGGUUUUGCAAUCGCAGAUUUUGGUUCGAUUGCGCAGUGGAAAAUCAGUGAAAUCACCAAUGCUUCGUGGCUUGACGAAACUUCGUUGUUUCGCCGUUCAAUCACGGCAAGUUCUACCACCGCUUUCUUCGCGGCGUCUCCUCCACCACUUGCCGCCGCCGCCGCCGCCGCAUCCCCUUCUCUCUGCUUCCACUUUCCGCGCUUCUCCUCCUUCCUUCAUUUUCUCCUCAUGGCCUCUCCACGCAUCUCGCCUUUCCCCUUCCUUCGUUCAAGUGCGGCACGUGUCGUCGAGGGAACGAAAGCUCAGGAGAAAGCCAAUGACUCCAACCGUUUCCAAGAUUAAGAAACCCAAAAUGAAGUCUUAUUCGUCUUACAAGUCCAGAUUCAGAACAAUGAAGGAUGGGAACAUCAGGCGCUGGAAGGAGGGCAAGCGUCACAAUGCUCAUUUGAAGAAAAUAGAGCUACCUGUGUUUCCUUAGGAUGCACGGUUGUGAAAUUCGACUGGAUGAUGAGGAAGUAAUUGUAGUAUUGGUAUGCUUGUACAUAAAGCAUUAGCAAGCAUUUGAAAAAUAUAUAUGCAAAAUAGUCAUGUAAGUGGCACUGGUAUUUGUUGUGGGCAUAUGCUUUAUAGGCAAUCCAGCAUGAUUGCACUCAUGUAUAAAUAUUAUAAAACAUGAUAUGUCAAAGAGCAAAAUAGUUGCAUUAUAUUGCCCUUAUUAUGGGUAAGUUCUGUGAUUGAUGUUGCGGUAUGUUAUGCAUAACAUGUUUCCUAUUAUGUCAUCAUAGCUGUUGGGGCAGUUGGAAAUUGGCACCCUGCUGUUGGUUGAUGAUAUAGAAUUUAGAUGGUUAAGAGAGAGAAAGAGGGGAAUAACAGAACAGAGAGGAAAGAGAGGGAGAAGAGAAACAUAGAUCAGGGAAAAUGUUCACUUUGUGAUUAUCAUUUCAGUCUAUCUAUAUUCACUUUGUCUAAAUGCCAUGCUUUAUUUUUAGGCAGCUGCCCAACAGCCAUAAAAUUCAAACUAACAGUAGCUGACUAACAUUCUUUUCUUAUUUAUAUUUACAUAUUGACUGACCAUGACGAGUGACUACUAGCUGCCUCCUUGUGCUGCUUUUUUCUCCACAAUAUGGUCACUUGACAUAAAUACUAACAUUUUUGUGGUCAUUGCCUCAUUGAUAUACUUCUGCAACAGUAUUUGUUAACUCCCCUAUCAGCUGUCUGCUGAGAAUAACGAUGUUAUGAGAUGUUGCAGUACAAAAUCUGCUCACAUAGUUCAUUUAGUUAUAAAAGUCAAGCUCAACUGUAUUACGAAUUGUAUUGUGUGUUUGGAACUUUGCAUUAGUAUAAGUUGGGUGGAAAAAAAAAACUAUAAUCAUAAUGUUAUUUGUUUGCAUGUAAAUACAUCAACUUUUACAUGUCCAUUGAGCAUUACAUAAAUUCCACUAUACUACUCCCUCUAUUUUGUAACAAGUGUCACAUUUGAAAAGAAAAAAAAA